CUCACAUCCAUCUUCACCUGUUCACUUCAACCACUCCAACAACAACAACCGUCUUGCACAAUGCAGUUCAGCCUCGCCACCGUCCUCGCCAUCCUCGCUGUUGGCACCACCAUGGUCGCUGCCAGCCCAACUCACCACGAGGAGCGCAAAUCACCAGCUUUCACUGGAGGAUGCAACGGCACUUCCUGCAAGAUUGGCCUGAUCAACUACGGGUGCACCAAGGGAUCGUGCACUGGCACUGGAGGCGGCGAUGGCGCCUACUGCUACGCUCAAAACAGCCUGGCUGAUGGUCCUUACAUCUGCCCUGGUGCUUAGACACGUGGUUGGCGGACGGACUGCUGGAUCAUAGCAAUUACGGGAACGAAAACAAAAAAACACGAUGGGAACGAGGAAUGUAUGGGACGUCUUUCCUUUUGUGGCUUUAUGCAGGUAUAAAUAAACGGUCAUUUUGAAAAUUUGGAGUGCGCUUGAUAAUGUGCCACAAGCAUUUCCUGGUCCGAAAGUAAGAAGGCCGCGGAAAGUUUACAUACCUUUUCCGAGUGAAAGUUUUUACACUCCGACCCAACAUCCUCCUCUCUCCUUCCCCAUCCUAUCACUCUCGAAACUCUGCCCUCAUCUCCGCUCCGCUCCCGACCACAAC